UUGCUAAUCUGUCAAAAUGAACUAUAUUUUUGCCUUCCCCAUAUAUAUAUUGUAAGCCAAAUUUCAUCACUCUUCCUUCUUCCUUAGACAACAACUCAUAUUUAAAGCCUUCAAAGUUCAUACGUUUUCCCAAAGAUAAAUUCUUGAUAUUAUUGAAGUACCUAAAUGAGAUCAACAAGAUUCCAACAAUAGCUAGCUUUUUAGUUUUUGGUCAUGGAAGGGGUGCGACAAAAAGAUCCAUUUUUUCAUAAGCAAGAAGAUUCCCGACAUUCGAUAAAAUUGAAACGCCAUAGAGAAGACUCUGCAGGAAAUUCAGCUGAGGGUCCUUUAUCUGGCGAUGAAGUAGCCGAAGUUAGCAUGUCAUCACCUAGAAAAUUCAGUAAAAGAGGGGCAAAGAAGAGAGUAAUUUCAGUGCCAAUUAGGGACUGUGAUGGAUCAAGAAGUAAUUAUAAAGGGGAAGCUUAUCCUCCAUCUGAUUCUUGGUCUUGGAGGAAGUAUGGCCAAAAGCCAAUUAAAGGAUCACCUUAUCCCAGAGGAUAUUAUCGAUGUAGCAGCUCAAAAGGUUGUCCAGUGAAAAAACAAGUAGACCGUAGCCCCCAUGACCCCACCGUGUUCCUUAUCACCUACUCAUCCGACCACAACCACCCUCUUCCAGCAGCCGCCACCAAACACCGCCACCCCACCACCACUUCUGCUGCCACAGACGUCGAUUUUUCUGCGACCACUCCAGAAGAUCAAUCAGCUAUCUUCACAUACCAACCUGACGACAACUUCCUAGAGAUCAAUGCUGGAGAGUUGGGUUGGUUCUCCGAUGAGGGGUGGUCCACAUUGAUGGAGAGUACGUCGUCGCUGGUGGGGUCCACUUGGGUUGAUGAUGAUGUGGCACUAAUGUUGCCGAUUGGCGAGGAGGACCAAUCAUUAUUUGGUGAUCUCGAUGAGUUACCGGAAUGUUCGGUGGUUUUUCGACGAUAUAGGGUGGAGUCGCUGAUACACUCGGAGAAAAGGUUACGAUAACAAGCCCCUUCCUGGCCAGAGCCUCCAGGACAAGGAGGCGGUGAUCAACCAUUCACUCUCAACAUUCAUAUUGAUCAAUAGAUCUUCGCGUCUUGCCAGUUUGCUGGGUGAGAAAUGGUUUUCUCUUGCCAAUAAAUUUUCUCCGGCCUUCCAUUAACCUUACUCAUAAAGGAUCUUAUGAUCGGAAGCACUACUAAAGAAAAAUAAUGUUUUUUCACGUAGCCAUCGACGAUACGUGAUAACUAACGAGGGCCUCAUAUAUAUUUUCACAUUAAAAAGUGGAUUAUCAAGAUUAUGCAUAGGUGGUGGUGUCACAUGUGGUGUCUUCUGAUACGAAACAUUUUCUUAUGACAAUUUUUUUGUUUUUUGUUUGUAUAUGUAAACAUCUCGCUAAUUUGGAAAGGAAAAAGGAGAAGAUUUUUUAUUUAGGACAAAUACAUAAAUGAUCAUCCGGGUGAAACUAUUGACACUGAAUGACCCAAGAAACUUAAAAGACAUUUUUUAGCCUUUUCAAAAUAAUUUCAUUUCGUAGCUUUUUUUCAACUAAUUCCAGUAUAUGUACAGAAACUGUUUUAUUGUUGUAUAAG